AUGUUGGAUGUGAUGAAGACCUUUGGGUUAACUGCGGAGGAUCCAUUGAGGCAUUAUCUGGAUCUACGCAUGAAGGAAAAGACAUAUCCGUCAGGCACACAGAAUGCUGAAGUGAAGGAGGAGAACGGCAAAGGAAAGAGUCAAGCGACAGAGGACAAGAAUUCAGACACAAACCUGGGCUCCUUGACCACGCGCAAGCGAAAGUUGCAGGCUGUUGAUGCAGACUUGGAGACACGCCGGAGUCUGUGGCGACAGCAGGUGCCACAUUUGUACGACCUGGUGGUGACUCAUCGUAGAUCGCCAUGUGUUCGCACCUUGCACUGGCCUAUGGGAGCUGCUGUUUUGGACAAGGAGGUGGUCUUGCAGCGAAUUGUCUUCGGGACCAGAGAGGCCCUUGUGAUUGCAGCAGACCAUGUCUCAGUUUGGCUCGGCCCAACUUUUUUUGUUUUCUAUCUUAUCACGUUGUCUUUUCAUUGUUCGCAUUAG